UCAACGGAACCAAACCAAAGUUAGAAGGAAUAUCCACUUAACAGGACCUAAACAUGGGGAACCAGUUAACAGAAAUUGCCCCGAACAGCACGUUCCUCCCCAGCUUCCAGUCUCUCCACGUCGUGGUAAUCGGCUUGGACUCCGCAGGGAAAACUUCCCUCCUCUACAGACUCAAGCUACGGGAGUUUGUUGAGACGAUCCCCACCAAAGGCUUCAACAUGGAGCGGAUUAAAGUGCCCAUGGGCAACUCGAAAACCAACAGCACCACGUUCCAGGUGUGGGAUGUCGGCGGCCAGGACAAACUUCGGCCCCUCUGGAAGUCGUACACCCGGAGGACCGACGGGCUGGUGUUCGUGGUGGACGCAGCCGAGCCAGAGCGCAUGGAGGAGGCCAAGGUGGAGCUCCAUCGGAUCAGCCGCUCGGCGGAGAACCAGGGGGUGCCCGUGCUGGUUCUGGCAAACAAACAGGACCUGGAUGGAGCUGUGUCAGCUUCAGAGGUGGAGAAGGUUCUGGCUCUCCAUGAGCUGAGCUCGUCCACGCUGCACCACACACAGGGCUGCUCGGCGCUGGAUGGUCAGGGCCUGCAGCCCGGCCUGGAGAAGCUCUACGACAUGAUCCUGAAGAGGAAGAAGAUGCUCCGACACAGCAAGAAGAAGAGAUGAGGCGGCAAGGUCGCUGCGGUGCUGGGGACAGAUGUUACUUUUUGAACCACUUCUAGUCUGAGGACCUUCUCAGCAGCCACGUCAGAGACACUUCAGCGGGUGAAACCAGAGGGAAGCUGUCAGUCCUCCAGACAAGUUAGGAUGUCUUCAACCAAGUCACAAACUUUGUCUCUCAGGUCUAUUUUAAAUGGAGACCCCUUCCUUCACCCGAUAGACGUUUGGACAUCUUCUUCCUUUGGGAUUGUGUGUGCUCUUGAGCACUCCUCCCUCUUCCCAUGUCCCAUCUUUAAAGGAGCACGGCCGAGGGACUAACAGCCCCAGAGGGGGCAACAGAGGAAAACCUGUGCAAUAUAUGAAUGAACACUCCCUGAUGCACUAACAUCAAUAUUGAAGGAUAUUUAAACCAUUACUGUAGUGCCAUCAGAACCCUGCAGGCCUGCCCUGAGCAAAGUUCCUGUUCCUUUAAGUUUCAAUGUCACACUUUACUCUAAAUCUUUAUGUUGCAUGAUGUUCACCCAAAUACCCCCUCGGGGAUAUUAAGACAACACUUUUGUUGAUCAAAAGAUAUCUGUUAAGAUUAUUCUAGUUUAGAAACUGCCCAAUGUCCAGUUAGGUAUGUCAUUGGCACAGCAGUGAACACACUGAUGCACCGAGGCUGCACAGAUCAGAGAGCUCCUCACUCCUUACCAAAGGUGUUAGCUUGUCACAGUUAGGUGUGUCCCAGGGUUGGCUGGAUGUUUGGUUGGUUAGUUCAAACCUUUAAAUAGUUUUUAUAUUGUGUCCAUUUAUAUUUUGUAGAAUGUCAACAUGAAUAAAUUAUUGAGCAACUUUGGCAUUA